CCUCGCCCUACAGCUGCACAACCGUUUCCUCUCACGCUGCCGGGUUGUUGCUGAACAUCUCAGGAGAGAGAGAGAAUUCUGGGGGGGGGGGAAAUAACCCUGUGAAAGUGUGAUGGAGAAGGCGGCAGAGGGCAACACUGAGAAGGGGGCACAUGUGGCUGUGAAAGGUGAAGCUGCCCUCAGACCUGAAUUCAUAACCACCAAAGAAAAAUUUCAUGGCUUUGUUGACUCUGAGUGGCAGGGCUCAAAAGGCGAAAAGGCUCGUGAUAAUGGCACAGCUGAGGAGGCAAAGGCGACCUGUGUGGAGGAACCUGAAGUCAAAAAGUUCAAACCCGACACAGAGGAAGGGAAUAAGGCAGGGAAGCCAGACAGUAAACGCCUUCGAGGACAAAAUAAGUCAAGGCCACACAAGAAGCCUACAACCUAUGAUGAAAAACGACUGUGUCUCUCAGUCAUUCAGGAAAAUAGGGAAUGUCCUUUUGGAGAUAAAUGCUACUUUUAUCAUGACAUCGCUGAAUACAUGGCGUCAAAGCCGGCUGACAUCGGGGAGAGCUGUUACCUCUAUGACACAUUCGGAAAGUGUCCUUUUGGUCUCUGCUGCCGCUUUGCCAAGGCGCACACUACACCCGACUUCAAAACAAUGGAGAACACAGAUCUAGUUAAGGCUCGUGAAGGCAAGAUCCCGGUGAAGAACAGCUUGAGUAAAGACCUUCAGUAUCGUCUGAGGAAGCACUCGGUGGCCUUCGAAAAGUCAGCUGAGUAUCUGAAAACGCUUUCAAACAACAGGGACAAAAAAGAACAGCAAGGGAAUGGUGAAGCGCGUGCAGCUCAAGUAUCCGCAGGUCCAACAGGAGGGGAGCAGCAUGCGUCUACUGAAGCAGGAACGCAGCUGCCGUCCAGCACAGAUAAACAACCUCCAGUGAAGACUGUCGGUCCACUGACCGAUGCGGAUGUCAUCAAGUUGCGCCCAUGUGAGAAGAAACAGGUGGACUUUCGUGACAAGCUCUACCUUGCUCCUCUAACAACUUGCGGAAAUCUGCCUUUCCGUCGUGUGUGCAAACGCUUGGGCGUAGACAUCACCUGUGGGGAGAUGGCCAUGUGCACAAACCUGCUGCAAGGGCAGCAAUCAGAGUGGGCCCUCCUCAAGAGGCACGAAAGUGAAGAUCUUUUCGGAGUCCAGGUGGAGGGCUGCUUCCCCGACACCAUGACAAGGUGUGCGGAGCUCAUCAACAACAACACUGAAGUUGACUUUGUGGACAUCAACUCCGGAUGCCCCAUCGAUCUUGUCUAUAAGAAGGGCGGAGGCUGUGGCUUGAUGACACGCACCAGAAAGUUUGAGCAGAUAAUCAAGGGAAUGGAUUAUGUCCUUGAUGUCCCUUUAACAGUCAAGAUCCGCACUGGUGUCCAGGAGAAGAGCAACAUGGCACACAAACUCAUUCCAGAGAUGAAAAAUUGGGGUGUCUCCAUGAUCACAUUGCAUGGCCGAUCCAGAGAGCAGCGUUACACUAAGUUAGCUGACUGGGACUAUAUCACCACCUGCUCCAAACUGGCCGGUCCAAUCCCACUUUUUGGAAAUGGAGACAUUCUGUCCUAUGAAGAUGCCAUGAAAGCAAAAGAGACUGGAGUUGCUGGAAUCAUGAUUGCAAGGGGUGCUCUCAUUAAGCCGUGGAUCUUCACUGAGAUAAAGGAGAGCAGACACUGGGACAUCUCGUCUGGCGAGCGACUGGACAUCCUCAGGGAUUUCUCCAAUUUCGGUCUGGAGCACUGGGGCUCUGACACUCGGGGUGUGGAGAAGACCCGCACCUUCAUGCUGGAGUGGCUCUCCUUCAUGUGCAGAUAUAUUCCAGUGGGCCUGUUGGAGCGAGUGCCUCAGAAAAUCAAUGAACGACCUCCGUACUACAUGGGCAGAAACUACCUGGAAUCACUGAUGGCCAGUCAAAAUGUUGGGGACUGGGUCAGGAUUAGUGAAAUGCUCCUUGGACCUGUACCGAAGAAUUUCAACUUUUUGCCCAAACAUAAAGCCAACUCCUACAAAUGAUUUUCUUUUUGUCUGACUUAAAAAACAUCCAGUUUUUUUGAUUAUUUUUUUUUAAAUAAGUAAAAGAAAAUAUGUUUUGAUUUAAAUGAUAAAGACUAUUGAAUGGUUUGUUUCUUUCUGACCUGUGGUGCAUUGUGGAUGUUUGUGUACCAAUAAUAUAUGCAAUAAAGUCUUUGGCCACAAGAUA